AUGAGCCUCGAAGAACUCCUUGCGAUGGAGGCGAAUCUCGACCGAGAUGAGAUCGUGGACCUACGCUCCCUUGAUUACGUCUCCAGCUACGAUGACCAUCUGAUGUGUCCCAUCUGCCACUGUCCUUUCAUCCGCCCCGUACGCUUGAAGUGCGACCAUGUGUUCUGUCAGAAAUGUCUCAACACCGCCAUCACCAGCUUUGCCGCCGGUCGAGACGAAUUCACGUGUCCUACCUGCCGAACGCCGACAAGAGAUGUCUACCUCAACGUGCCCCGGCUUUUGAUCAACAUGUGCGAUGACAUUCGGGUCAAGUGUCCGUUCUGGGCGGAGGGCUGCACGGAGAUCGUGCCCCGCGGUCAUGUGCAGUCGCACGUCGACAAGUACUGUAAUUACCGCCUUAUGGAUUGUCCGAAUCCCUUGUGCGACAGGAAGACCCGCAAGAAGGACCUCCACCCGGAAAACCGUUGCAUGCACGAACUGCAUACCUGCACGCGCUGCGAGGAGGAAGUCAUGGAGCAAGAUUACGAGGAACAUGUCCACGAACUCUGCCCUAGUCUGAAGACAACGUGUCCUGACUGCCACACCACCGUGUUCCGCAAGGCCCUGCGCGAACAUAUCGAAACCUGUCCUGAGGCAAUUCACUGCUGCGCCGCAUCCAAAUACGGCUGUCCCGUCAAGGUCAAACGGGCCGAGCUGGUAGCGCACGAGCAAAGCUGCCCCCUCAUCACGAUGGGGCCAUAUUUUGAAGCGCAGAACGCACGUCUCGACUCGAUGGAGUUGACGAUCCGCCAUUUGCAGCAGCGCAACGAGAUCUUUGAGGACGGGAUAGCCAACAUCCGCUCGACGCUGGUCGAGUCAACGCGCGCACUAUCCGCUCGCAACGCCGACCCCGGCCCGUCAUCGUCGUCGAACCCGCCCCGCGAUGACCCGUUACAGGUAGACAACGGCAACGUCUUUUCCUCUCCGGCAACCACAUACCUACUUUCGCUACACGAGUCGCUGCGCGAAGAAGUUGGGCAGCUGUCGCAUGCGAUCACAGAUCUUGAUGCCCGCGCCAGCAUGGCCAUCAUGAAUGAGUGUCUCCGCCUCAAGGAGGAUAUGGCACACACCAACGCUGCAGUUGGCAGCAUCCGCAUGCAGGUGCAGUGGCUCAUGAACCCGCGACUGCACCAGCCGCAGCGGGCUGGCAUGCGCACCAACAACGGGAACAGCAACACAGAGUCGCACACGGGGCAGCUCGGCUCACCAGCAGCAGGGCCCAGCAAUUCCGCGGGACCGUUCCCGGGGCUUCUUCGACCGCGUCGCUUAAGUGAUAGCGGACGGGAGGGGACGAAGCUGUGA